AAACUGCUUGAAUAACGACAUAUUUCUGUACAUUUAGGCGCGGCUCAAAGGGGCGGGCGAUUCGUCCACUUUCUCAAACCAGUGGCACAAAACUGCAGUCGCGCCUCCGGAGUUUCUCGGUGUAGACGAAAAAACCAGAGAAAGCACGCGCUUCUACAGCUUUCGGGUAGCUUCGCGGAGAACGUGACGCGUAAAAAAAGCCGUUGAGUUUCAGCAACUGUCAGUCAGGAAGCCGAUCAGAGUGACUCGAAAAUGAUUGGUACUCAGUUUGACUUGACGCCACUAAAGGAGCCUCUGGGAUUCAUUAAAAUCUUGGAAUGGGUCUUUGCAAUUUUUGCCUUUGGCACAAGUGGUGGAUAUACAGGGGAUGCUGUAGUAAAUCUUGCUUGCAAUGAUUCUUCCUCUAAUGCUACUUUAGAAUUCACUUUCUCAUACCCAUUCAGGUUGAAUGAAAUCCCAUUAUAUAAAGGGGGUGUUUUAUGCAAUAAGGAUGUGAAUGCGACCUUCCUGAUUGGAGAUUACUCUUCUUCUGUUGAGUUUUUCGUUUCCAUUGGGGUCCUUGCAUUCUUAUACUCCAUGGUAGCCCUGGUUAUAUACGUUGGAUUCUUGCAUAUUUAUAGGGAAUCUAACCGUGGACCUGGUGCGGAUUUCAUUAUAACUUGCCUGUUUGCAUUUUUUUGGCUGGUUUCUUCUUCAGCUUGGGCGCAAGGCCUUCAAAAUAUUAUAUAUGUUACAAGCACUGAAGGCAUAAAUUAUUCAUUUAAGUUAUGUGCAUCCGAUGCCAAAUGCACAGUAGUAUCACAUGCUAGUAUGGGACGUCUGAAUGUGUCCGUGGUGUUUGGAUUUCUGAAUUUAAUCCUUUGGGCCGGGAAUGCAUGGUUUGCUUACAAGGAAACAAGUUGGCACACUUCAUCUACCGGGACAACUGCCCAGCCUGGCUCAUAAUACACACCAAUAGUUUUGUUUAAGUUUGAAAAUGUUUUUGGAAUUUUUCUCCAAAUAUAGUUGUGGGAAAAGAGACGCUAAUUAAAAAGCUAUAUGAUCAUAUAUAAUAGAUAUAAUCUUAAAAAUUCACUGACCAGGGUCUGUUAAUGUAAUGUUAAACUUCCAAUUUCUGGAUAGUGUUUGAUAAUUCAAAUUUGAAGUGCUCAGGUCUUGAUAUUGUAAUAUGUUUUGCUUUGAAAUUAAUAUUCAUAGUUUGAAUUCGUGAAUUUCUUUAAGUUUGAUACCAAGAUUUUUUUUUUUUCACUACUGUUGCUGAAGUAUAGAAAGUAAUAGAAAAUAUGACACAGCUUUAUCCUAAAUACACAAAGUUAAAUGCUGUAAGUUUUAUAAAUUCUGAGAAAAAGUGCAUUGUAUUUUAAGGCUUCUGUGUUUAAUACUGGUCAUGUUUUAGACUUUGCUGCACAAUAUUGUAUGUAUUGUACAUUCUGCCUUAUGAAUGCAAUAUUUGUUUCCCAUUAAACAAUGAAUCAUUAUUCUGAUUCCUGAGGCUGUCGUUGUGAUAAUCAAAGUUCAUACAGUCAAUCAGAUCGAAGACCUGCUUAAGGAGGGUUCAGUACUGCAAUAACAAGAGCAUUGUACCUGAGGCAAAGUGUAUUGUAAAUACUGAAUACUAAAAUAAAUGUCUUUGUUCUGUUCUGAAUGUUAAGGUAAGAGUCUGCAGUCAAGCCUGUGAAGUUCUUGUUAAAUGUAUGUAAUUGUACCAGAAAGAAAUAGCGACCGUAAAUGACUGUGCAUUUUUUUUGUUUGACAUGUUUUUUACUUGAUAUUGAAAGUAAUAUAACAAGU